AUGAGACUUACACUGCUGGACGUAUAUUUUAGUGCUGAUUUCGAAUCUGCAUUCAAAAUCUCCCAAACGAUUCUCUCAACGAAGUUAUGGAGGUGGUUUUCGGAAGACGCUCAACAGAAGCAAGCACAAAAGUUGGUGGUGCCGAGCCGAGUGGUCCCUUCGGGACGCCUUCGGCAUCCCUCGGGACCACUCGGCUCGGCCGCUGGCCGGCGGGUGCUCGGCACCACCAAAUAUGGUCGCCGGCAGUCCAGCAGUGGCGGUUUGGAGUAG